UCAUGGUAACGGUUUGUGUUGUGGGUAAAACGGUCACUGAACCCGGAGGAACCACGAAGGCAGACCUGCUGGUGAGAUCUGUGGGUCCGUCUGCUGUGUCGUCACUUUGUGAUUGAAAUCACUGUUCAGAUCAAACAUGAAGUUUUCUGUGAGAGCGAUGUGACAACAGCGGAACGAAAGUUAGCCGCCCUCCACCGCCGGAACUUCCCUAUGUGACACCAGGUGGAAGUAAACAGGAAAAAGCUGAAGUAGCUAUUAACUUUCCACGGGUGUCGGGGUCAGUAAAGUUUGAAGGUAGCAGAGUGUAUAGCUGUGUGUGAGCUGCGGCAGCAACGAUGCCUUCAGUUCAGUAUCUGAGAGAGUUCAUCAACGAGCGACUAACUGCUGCUGCUGAACAAAUAUUCUUGGAGUUUGAAAAAACGAUCGUCCAGUACGAGGAAGAGAUCGACCGUCAGCGCAGACUGCUGGAUAUCACCUGGAAACCCCAAAUCAAGCUGCACAGGACAGACCUCCCACUGCGACUCCUCUGCAGAGAGGAGGAGGUUCUCCCUGAGCAGCAGCUCUGGGACCAGGAGAGGAGCUCCAGUGUGGAGCAGGAGGAACCAGAAGCUCCACAGAUUAAAGAGCAACAGGAGGAACUGUGCAGCAGUCAGGAGGGAGAGCAGCUGGGACUGGAGGAGGAGACGGAUACCUUUACGGUGACUGCUACUUACGAGGAAAGCGACCUCAGUAACGCCACUCACUCAGACUCCAGUGUGUUUGUUGGGACUGAAUCCAGAGAAGCAUUCGAAGUUUUAAAUAAUUCUACCCAGAUCGAGAAAGACAUCAACCAUCAGCCCAGAGAGCUGGACGUCACCACCAGUGCUGAGACAGAUGUGCACAGAACAGACCUCCCACAGCAGCAUGUCUGUAAGCAGGAGGGGGUUCUCCCUCAGCAGCAGCUCAGGAACCAGGACAGGAGCUCCAGAUUGGACCAGGGGGAACCAGAACCUCCACAGCGCACAGAGGAACAGAACAAACUCUGCAGCAGUCAGGAGGGAGAGCAGUCCGUAGUGACAGAGACGAAAACUUCUACGGUGACUCCUGCUCACAGCAAAAGUGACCACAGUGAAUCAGAAGCAAACCGUGACCAGCUCCUCACUCACGGCUCUGCUGCAGCUGAGAGCCGAGAUCAGGAAGGAGGGAAGAAGGGCGAUUCAGACUCUGGAAAUCCAGAGUCAAAACUUCAUGUAAACAGAAGUCAGAGCAACAAUUCUGAAGAAUUCCCGCCAUCAGCGAGUCGGUGUAACACUGACACGGGUCGAAAAUCUCUCCAGUGUGACAUUUGUGGAAAGUCUUUUAAGAAAAAGUGCCAAAUGAAGGAGCAUUACAAAAUCCACACAGGUGAGAAACCAUUCACCUGUAAUACAUGUGAGAAAAGUUUUGCUCAGAAGAGCACUUUGCUGCGCCACAUGACUGUCCACACAGGAGAGAGGUUGUUUUCCUGCCACAUAUGUGGCAAAACUUUUAGGCAACGCGGGAAUCUGAUGAUCCACCUGAGAAUCCACACCGGUGAGAGGCCGUAUUCCUGCACAAUGUGUGAAAAGACUUUCAGUCAGAGUAGUCAUUUGUUGGGCCACAUGCGAAGCCACAGAGGAGAGAAGCUGCACCAGUGCGAUCACUGUGGGAAAUGUUUUUCCGAAUCAUCGUCACUUAAAUUACACAAAGUGAUCCACACAGGAGAGAGGCCUCAUUCUUGCCAGUUAUGUGGGAAAACGUUCAUUAAACGCAGUAACCUGCUGCGCCACAUGAGAACGCACACAGGAGAGAAACCGUAUGUUUGUGAGACCUGCGGGGAAAGAUUUACUCUGUCAACGUCACUAAAAAGCCACAACGCGAUCCACACAGGAGAGAAGCCGUAUCACUGUAAAACCUGUGGGAAAAUGUUCCGCCAGAGUCAUCAUUUGUUGUUUCACAUGAAAACACACAACCAGCAGAAGCUGCAGUGCUGAAAGUUUUGUGGAGAAAACAAGUAUCUACCAACAACUAUUUUGAUGUUGUCACGUGUAAAACUGUGUUCUUCAUUUGAUUUUUAUUUUCCGUUCUGCGAUGAAGCUUUGUUUCUCUAAUGCAGGGUUUCUUUUCACAGUGAGUACCACCACAUAAAAUAUAUGGCUCUUAAAUUACCAGCCUUUGACCAACAUUAGAGUACAGUAGUAUACACCUAUUAAACACCACAUGCAGUUUCUUAUAUGAAUGUUAUUUAUUAGAACUGUCAUAAACAGGAUGUGACGGGUGAUAAUAACAACUGUACUGCAUUAAAACAUUCUCAGCAGGUGGGAUAUCCAACCUUUAAGUGAUGACGUAUGAACAAACUACUCUGCAUUUAUUAAGGCUGUUGUGUUUUUAACAUGUGUAACCAGUGGUACGCAUACCACCUUUUAAGAACCACUGCCCUAAUGAAAACAUAACGCGUCUUUUAGAAUAUAUUACAUGUUAGAUUCCUUUUCCUUUUGGAGAAAGCCAUGUUUAAAGUCUUCUUGCUGUGGUUGGUUGGAUGCACUGAGAACCUGUCUGACUGACCAGCAGGACUGAGUUCAUCCAUCUUCUGCUGCUGGGUUUGGGACAGUAGCCUGAGCAGAGAAGCUCAGACCUCCUUCAGGGGAACACUCAGGUAUUCCCAAGUCAGGUGAGAGGUGUAAUUGUUCUGGAUCUGCCUCGGGGCCGCAUCCUGUGAUUUUGUUCUUUCAUUUAUUUUUUUUAUCGUAAUUUCUUAUUUUGGGAGAUUUCUUUGACACUCUGGAAAAGGACUUUAACUUUUCUAAUAGCAUUAUAUCGACCUCUCAGAGAUUCCAGUUAUUUGUACGUUCAACACGUUUUCAGUCAUUUUCUCCAGCAGCUUUUGGAUCAUUUUCUGACAUUUUAAAUUUAUAAUGGUGGUGUAAAUAUUGAAGUGGAGAAGUAGUUUUUCACCUGGUGUCAUCCAUCUGCAGUUUUCGAACAGCAGCUGUAACAGUCACACAAACCUUUUCAUCGUUACUUUGGUUUCUGUGUGCGUCUGAGUGUCAUUUAAACCAGCAGGUAUGAGACAAUCUCUCACUGAUAGAAAUGUGUGUUGUUCUUGUUUUUCCGUCUCGUGGUUAUUUGUGAAUGUGGGUUCAGAUUUUGGAGCGUUGAAAGUGUCACAAA